AUGGUUUUCCUGACCCACCUGCUGGUCUGCAUCUUUGGAACGGGCUCCUGGGUGGCCAUCAAUGGGCUCUGGGUAGAGCUGCCUCUGCUGGUGAUGGAGCUGCCCGAAGGCUGGUACCUACCCUCUUACCUCACAGUGAUCAUCCAGUUGGCCAAUGUUGGCCCCCUCCUGGUCACCCUGCUCCAUCACUUCCGGCCCGGCUGCCUUCCUGAAGUGCCCAUCAUUUAUGCCGUGUUGUGUGUGGGCACCAUCACCUGCACCCUCUUCGCCUUCCUCUGGAACAUGACCUCCAGGGUUCUGGGCGGCCACCACAGCAUCGCCUUCUUGGCUCUCACCUUCUUCCUGGCCCUAGUGGACUGUACCUCUUCUGUCACCUUCCUGCCCUUCAUGAGCCAGCUGCCCAUUCACUACCUCACCACCUUCUUUGUGGGUGAAGGACUCAGUGGCCUCCUGCCUUCCCUGGUGGCUCUUGCUCAAGGUUCAGGUCUUACCACUUGUGUCAACAUCACUGGUACACCAGACAUCACCCCAAACCCCACGACCAACAGGACAAUUGGCAUCAUACAGGGAGCCAACAGCACUCUCAUGUCUGACCUCACAGGAACUACAGCCUCCACCAUCCACCUGGAAAGCCGUUACCUCCCUGCCAACUUCUCACCUUUGGUCUUCUUUCUCCUGCUCUCCUUUAUGAUGGCCUGCUGCCUAGCUGCUUUCUUCUUCCUCCAACUCCAACGCAGGCACUGGAAGGCCUCCACCGAAGACCUCUUCAGCUCCCAGAUCACCCUCCACUCCUUUCGACCACAGGAGAAGCAGGACCUGAGUCUUCCAGGCCCGGUGGACAGCAUCAAGGACCAGGGACCUGUAGAGGAAAAGACAGCCUCUCUCCACCCAGUUCAGCUGGCCUUCAUCUACCUCUUGGUGGCCUUUGUAAAUGCAUUCACAAAUGGUGUGCUGCCCUCCGUUCAGACCUACUCCUGCCUGUCCUAUGGGCCUGUCAUCUACCAUCUGUCCGCCACCCUCAGCAACAUGGCCAACCCUCUCGCCUGCUUCGUCACCAUGUUCCUGCCUCUCAGGUCUCUGCCGUUCCUCGGGGGCCUCGUGAUGCUUGGGACUGGGUUUGGGGCCUACAAUAUGGCCAUGGCUGUGAUGAGUCCCUGUCCCCUCCUGCAGGGCCACUGGGCUGGCAAAGUCCUCAUUGUGGCCUCGUGGGUGCUGUUCUCUGGUUGUCUGAGCUACGUCAAAGCAAUGCUGGGCAUGAUCCUGCGUGACCACAGCCGCAGUGCCCUCUUGUGGUGCGGGGCAACUGUGCAGCUAGGCUCCCUAGUUGGAGCGCUUCUCAUGUUCCCACUGGUCAAUGUGCUGAAACUCUUCUCCUCCACUGACUUUUGCAGCCUGCAGUGCUCCUCCUAG